AUGAGUUCAUUUGCGUGGUAUAUUCUAUUCUGGUUCGAGUUGUCAGUUGGAUCAGGUGAUGGAUCUCGGCAAGGUGAUGGAAAAUGCAAAUGUGAAACGGGUUAUGUUGGCUUCAUGUGUAGUAAUUGUGAUGCAAAUUAUUUCGCUGUCCAGAAAACUCCAAACUCAAUUGAAUGUAAAGAAUGCCAUCCGGCGUGUAAGGGUGGUUGCGACAAAGAAGGAGCAGUCGGAUGUAAGGAAUGCCGUAGUGGAUGGAUAAUGGAUGCGAGUGAGGGAUGUAAAGGUCUGUGA